CCGACAGAUGUAUUAGAGCAAACAGUCACUUGGUGUCGCCGUGCACUCAUCCUCACUGAUCCCCUUAUCACCCGUCGGGAUAUAAUCGCUACAAAAGUUCGACUAUCGCCUAGCCCAUUCGAAUGGGUAAUACAAGACGAUCGCUACCGUAAAUGGCUGGAUAGUAGUAAGAAACGCGAUAGGGACAGAGGCUCACAGCUGCUAUGGAUCUCAGGCACUCUGGGCACGGACACGACAAUGCUAUCUGUCUUUCUAACAGAGGAGCUAGAGAAACACACUGCGGUAGCAGAAAACGCAGAAUUGGUAUUCUUCUUCUACAACAGUAAAUAUAGAUCCGAACCCCGUGUAACAAACAGAAGCAACACAUCUACGCUUAUGCUCUACGGACUUAUAGGCCAAAUUGUCACUAAACGCCCAGAGCUAAGUCAGCACCUAUAUGGCAACUUGGAACGAUUGAAUAAAAUGCAGGAAAACCUCGAAGCAGCCCAAAGAUCUGAAGGAAUUUUCGAAGAAACCCCGGAAAUGUCUGCAUUUAUGUUGGACAUAUUUUGUACGCUUAUCAGAGCACCAGGACUAGGUACAAUGUUCUGCGUGAUUGAAGGAUUUGGCGAUUGUGAUAGGUCU